UAUAAAAAGGGAAGACAAGAACAACUCGCUGUUACAGUUCUUCUAGGCUGUGUCAAUAUGCCUGAACCAGUGAAGUCGGCUCCCGCCCCGAAGAAGGGCUCCAAGAAGGCCGUGACCAAGGCGCAGAAGAAGGACGGCAAGAAGCGCAAGCGCAGCCGCAAGGAGAGCUACUCGGUGUACGUGUACAAGGUGCUGAAGCAGGUCCAUCCCGACACCGGCAUCUCUUCCAAGGCCAUGGGCAUCAUGAACUCGUUCGUCAACGACAUCUUCGAGCGCAUCGCGGGCGAGGCGUCGCGCCUGGCGCACUACAACAAGCGUUCGACCAUCACGUCCCGGGAGGUCCAGACGGCCGUGCGCCUGCUGCUGCCCGGGGAGCUGGCCAAGCACGCCGUGUCCGAGGGCACCAAGGCCGUCACCAAGUACACCAGCUCCAAGUGAGCGCUCUGACUCCAACCCUAAAGGCUCUUUUCAGAGCCACCUACACUUUCAACAAAAAAAGUUGUUGCA